AUGGUGCCCAAUCAACGGUCUCUAGUAGUCUUAUCUCCUGCCAAAACCAAAUCGAUUGUGACGAAUGAUAUCAAGAAACAGGCUAAUAUUUCAUCCUUAUGGCGCGAUAUAUGGGAUUUGAUCAAACCUGAUCUUUUAUUACUUGCUUGUAUUGUAUUGACUGCCAUAGGUGCCGCUAUUGUUCAUUUACAGACACCCUUGGUCACAGGUGAACUGAUCAAUGUGUUGACAGCAAGUGUUCAAGCUACUUCUCAUGGUGUUGCUCUUUCUAUCAAGGAACUUAAUGUUCCUGCUUUGAAACUUUUUUCUCUUCUCUCUGUCCAAGGUUUUUUGACGUUUGCUCAUAUUACACUGGUGGCUGCUUUUGGUGAAAAGGUUGCUCAAAGAUUACGUGCCAAACUCUUUGCUGCCAUUAUACAACAAGAUAUGUCCUUUUUUGAUCGUCAUCAAAGUGGUGAAUUGGUGAGUCGAUUAACUACAGAUGUGGCGGAAUUCAAGAGUACGUUCAAACAAUUGGUGACCAUUGGAUUAAAAUCUAUUACUCAAACUCUGGGCUCAGUUACUCAUUUGUUCCAAAUCUCUUCUUCAUUGACAUUCACUAUGCUUGCUACCAUGCCUGGUUUAUAUAUCUUGCUCAAUAUGUAUGGAGCUUAUCUACGAAAAUUAUCCAAAUACAACAAACAACUGGAUGGUAUAUCGACAGGAGUUGCCGGUGAGGUGAUAUCCAAUAUGCGUACAGUCAGAGCCUUCGCUUCGGAAGAACGGGAAAUGGACCAUUAUGGAGAUGUCUGUGGUAAUGUCUCCAAAGCCAAUCAACACAUGGGUUUACAUAUAGGAUUAUUCCAAGGUUUGACCAAUAUCUCAAUUGGCUGUAUGAUAUUGACUGUACUUUAUUAUGGUGGAUCUCUUGUUGUUCGCAAUGAACUUAGCAGUGGUGAUCUCAUGUCGUACAUGUUAUCCACACAAACGGCACAACAAUCGCUAGUAUCACUUGGUGUCCUUUUUGGUCAAUCGAUCAAAGCACAUGCCUCUGCUACGCGUGUAUUUGAAUUUAUUCAUCAAUAUCCAAAUGUACCUUUGCAUGGUGGUUCUGUUAUAUUGAAUGUGAAUGGAGAUGUGCAAUUUGAUGAUGUUGAUUUUUAUUAUCCUACAAGACCGGAACAUCAAGUAUUGAAUGGAUUCAGUUUACGUGUUCCUCAUGGCACUACUGUUGCUCUUUGUGGACCAUCAGGUUCAGGGAAAUCCACCAUUGCAUCUUUAUUGGAACGAUUUUAUGAACCAGUACAUGGACAUAUUUAUUUGGAUGGACAGGAAUUGACUUCAUUAGACCCAUCAUGGCUUCGGCAUCAUAUUGGUUUUAUCAAUCAAGAACCCGUUUUAUUUGCCACUUCUAUUUUGGAAAACAUUCGUUAUGGACGACCCGAUGCCACUAUGGAAGAAGUACAUGAUGCAGCUCGACAAGCGAAUGCUCAUCAUUUUAUUGAAGACUUUCCUGAUGGAUACGAUACAGUGGUUGGUGAACGUGGAGCUUCUUUAUCAGGUGGACAACGGCAACGUAUUGCUAUAGCAAGAGCCAUUUUGAAGAAUCCAAAGCACAAUCUGAAAAAUUGGUUCAAGAAGCACUGGACAAAUUGA